AUGACAUUACAGCCAAACAUCAAUAUCAAAAUUAAUAACAAUAACAAUUACAAUUACAAUGACAACAUUAUACAUUCAGACCACAGAAAUACAUCAAUAAACAAUAAAAACGACAAUGACACGGGUAAGGAAGCAAAAGCAACAAGUUCCAGUACACUUAUGACAGCAACUGAUACAGUAGCUUCCAGUAUCCUAGCUCAGUCAGUUAAACGUUCAUUGAGUGAAAUUAGUGUGGGGACAGUGAAUACAGAAAACGCACUAAGCUCGUUAUUCUCUACUUUAUAUAAUUUAUAUAAAGGAGAGCCUAUAUGGCUAAAUCAAAUACAAAAAAUGGAAGCUACAACAUUACAAAACAAGGUAUUCAACUAUUGCAUUGAUGGGCUUCAAAAUUUUAGCAAUUUAACAGUUACGCAACGAUCAAACCUACGUGUGUUGCUAUCUGGGGUGAUCAAUACCAUCGAUAAAAAUUACAGAGAUGAAGUUGAAAAAAUAAUUGGUGGUAACAAGUUAAAAGCAAUACUACAUCAACACACAACUAGUAUUGAUAAUAAUUAUCCAGACAAAAGAUGGAUUAAAAUCAAAGAAAAACUUCGUUCAUACUAUACUAAUAAUAAUAUUGGGGCAAUGAAUGAAAUACAUAAGUAUGUAAUAAGGGAGAAAAGUAGAAUAAUAGGAGACGAUAAACAGAUAGCUGAAUCUUUUGAGCUCAAGAUAUUCACAAUUAUUGACUUUAUCGUUGAUCAAUACAGUGCCGUACAGAUUAAGUCCGGUGAACACACAUCAUAUGCUACAAAAAUUCAACAUGAGCUUAAUGAGUUUGAGUACGGCACUCUAGAUAAAGGUGUUAUGGGAAGGAGAAUUGCUUUGUUAUUGACAGGCAAAGUUUUGAAUGACAAAAAUGAAGAAGUCGAUAUUGAGUCAUCAUCUAUUGAAAUUAAGCCUGCAUGUGUUACUGAUGAUAUCGAGCGAAUACAAUUUAAUAAAAACGUUCGUACAAGCAAGUGCCUCCUAUACCAAUAUCUCGUACACAGUGGUAACAAUAGCAAUAUAAACAACGUGAUGUAUAGUAACAGUCCAGGUAGUAGUGAUGAUAAGCAUAGUAACAUCAGUGAUAAUCAAGGCAGCAACAACAAAAACAGAAAUAAUAAACAUAUAAUAUCUAUGGAUGUUGUUGGCUUAAAUGCGUUUCUCUAUAAUGUAUAUCAAUACGAAGACAUGAUUUUAGCUGUAAAGGAAACAGAAAGUGCGCUAUUCUUACCAGCAGAUGAAGAUGACUUGGAAGAAUUCUUGAUGGGCACAUCAAUAGAUCAGUUAUUAUAUUAUAUUAAAUAUAUUUCAACUACAUACAGGAAUUUGAAAAAAGCAUCCAAGAUAUUCAAAAGAAGAAGGUCUACUGAUAGAAGAAGCGGAUUGUUUUAUUCUGGUGAAGCAGCAUCACCACUCAAUGAUUUUCCUGUACAGACUUUCUAUACUCCUAAACGUUGAUAUAGAUUUAUAUAUAGAUUUAGUCACUUUAUUAUUAUUAAUUAAAUUUUUAUAUGCUAUAUUAAUUAAAAUAUAUUUAUCAUUUUGCUAUUUGCAUCAAAUCAUAAAAAAACUUGAUUUUUAAGGCCUUUUAACUUGAACACUUGAAUUAGGUACAAUAGAUUAUAUUAUCAUCCCCUUUUAUCUCUCACAAGUGUAGUUUAUUCUUUAAGCUCUAUGAAU